AUGAUUCCCCUUUCCCAGUCAAAGUUACAGGAUGUCGAUUACGACGUCAUCAUUGUCGGAGCUGGCAUCUCUGGCAUCGGUCUAGCAUCCAGAUUGCAAGUACGCAAUCCCGACCUCAGUUAUUGCAUUCUAGAGUCACGCCAUGAGGUGGGUGGAACUUGGAGCCUGUUCCAGUACCCAGGUAUACGGUCCGACUCAGAUCUUUACACAUUUGGCUACUCUUGGCGGCCCUGGAAUGAGAGAUCAGCGAUCGCCCACGGGUCCAAGAUCGCCCAAUACCUCAAGGAGUGCGCGGCGCAGGAAGGAAUCGACCAAAAGAUCAAGUUCCACCAUCGUGUAACCCGAGCGGAGUGGUCUACUGAGGCCAAGAAGUGGACUCUCGACCUGACAGAUGGGGAGUCGGCGAGAGGGAAGACUCUCUCCGCGCGAUUUCUCUUCUUCGGGACCGGCUACUAUGAUUACCACCGAGGUCGCAAUGCCAAUAUCCCAGGAUUGAGCGACUUUCAGGGAACGGUUGUUCAUCCUCAAUUCUGGCCUCGAGAUCUCGACUACGCCGAUAAAAACAUCGUUAUCAUCGGCUCUGGGGCAACUGCCGUUACGUUGUUACCGGCAGUCUCCGAGAAAGCUUCUCAUGUGACAAUGCUCCAACGGUCACCAAGUUAUAUAGUUUCAAUACCGAGGGAGGAUGCUAUAGAGAGAGCCAUUAGGUUAGCUUGUCCACGAGGGUUGGCGGCAAAGUUGAUCCGUUUCAAAUGGAUAUUGUUACCGUUGCUGCAGGUGCGCUAUUGCCAGUGGUUUCCACGGGUAGCCAGGAGGAUGCUUCGUUCCAUGACCAAGAAGGAGUUGCCAGUGGGAAUGUCGUUGGACCCGAACUUCGAUCCAAAAUAUUGGCCGUGGGAGCAAAGGUUGUGCAUGUGUCCUGACGGGGACUUCUACGAGGCUUUAAGGAGCGGCAAAGGUAGUGUGAAGACCGGUGUUAUUGACACAGUUACAAAGAUUGGUAUUCGUCUCAAAUCUGGAGAAGAGUUGGCGCCAGAUAUCAUCGUCACGGCUACGGGACUCAAAAUGCAAGCUGCAGGAGGGGUCAAAUUUAUAGUCGACGGCCAAGACUUUCGGAUUUCAGAACAUUACAUGUGGAGAGCAGCCAUGCUCGACGGCUUACCCAAUGCUAUCCUCUCAUUCGGUUACGUCGAUGCCAGCUGGACCCUUGGACUGGAGGCAACCGCGGAGCUUGCGUGCAGAUUACUGAGAAAGAUGCAAAAGGACAAAUUCUCCAUGAUAGUGCCUCGCUACGAGAGCAACGAGAAAACGAGGCUGAGAGAGGAGGGAUUCAUGAAGCUGAAUUCGACCUAUGUUCAGGAAGGAAACGCGGAUAUGCCCAGAUUUGCUGCUCAGUCUGUAUGGCGUCGUCGGUCGUACUAUUGGAGAGAUAUAUUUUCUGCUCGAUGGGGAAGCAUCAAAACGGGCUUGGAGUGGUCGAUGGAAGUCUGA